AUGAGGUUGAGCUGGAUAGUGGGGUUGACGCUCGCAGCCAGCGUAACCUGCAGUGAUAGAAUACGCGGAGUAGAUCCAUCUCUAGCGCAUCUCUACCAGCCAACGAACGGAAGAUUCCAGUGUCUGAAUGACGCGACGACGAUAGCGUAUACGUCACUGAACGACGACUACUGCGACUGUCCCGAUGGCACCGACGAGCCCUCAACGAGUGCGUGUUCUGGACGCCACCACACGCCCCAGUUCUACUGCCACAACGAGCACUAUACGCCAUCGCGCAUCCACUUAUCGCGUGUAGGCGAUGGGUUGUGCGAGGAGGAGUGCUGCGAUGGUUCCGACGAAGCAGAGGGUGUGUGUGCGAACACAUGCACGCAGCGCGCACACCGCCGCGCUGUCCACCACGCCCAUUCGCAGCGUGUGCGCGAAAGGGCGCUGGUUACUAAACGCGCCUACGUCGAGAGGGGGCUAGAGGUGCUGGGCGAGUUGCGCAGUAGUGUGCAGGCGAAGCAGGCCAAUCUGUUGAAAACGGAGCGCGCGGAAAAGGCCGGCAAGGACGAAGUCGACCGUUUGGAGACACUCGCAAAAGACGCUUUAGAUGCCAGACUCGCCUCCCCUCUCUACAAACAUCUCCUCGAUAGCAGAAACGCACUGGAGACACUGGCGUUAGAGAAGCGGGCGGUGGAGGAUGAUUUACAACUCCUCCUUGAUAUUCUCCUCUCGCUGAAAAACAGUUACAAUCCUAAUUACCAGGAUAUGGGCGUGUUGGCUGCUGUGAGGGAGUAUGACGCCUAUGUCGAUACCCACAGCAAGAGUAGUGACACAUGGUCAUCUGAGCUGCUCAGUAAAGUGCAAAAGGAGGAUCCGGUGGCAUUGAUGGUGUCACUAGAUGAGCCCGAGAAGCAAGAUGUUGAUUCAGCCUUGUUUAACAUCGAGGCGUACCUCCCACCUCCUCUCUCAGCUCACUACCGUUCCUUCAAGAAGACGCUGGUUGGAUGGCUGGUAAAACUUAGCAUUAUACCCUCGCAUUCGCUGCAGGAAGAGGGCGUCUACUUGCAGAAAGCUAAGAAGGAGCACAAGAAACAAUUUGACGCACUUAACAGAGCAAGCAAAAGUCUGGCAAAAACGCAGGCGGAGUAUGUCGAGCUUGAGGGUGGAUUGAGGUGGGGUCGGCAAGGAGAAUGGAUUGCACUGAAGCAUGAAUGCGUCUCGCAAGACAUAGCUGAAUACACGUACGAGCUAUGUUUCUUCGAUAGAGCCACACAAAGACAGCAGGAUCGCAAGUCGGGUGGUACAAACCUAGGUAAGUUCCACAGCUGGAACGAGGAUCAAGAAGUGGAGGCGGGCAGUGAGGCUUUCUACUCCACUCAGCUUUACAACAAAGGACAGCGGUGCUGGAAUGGUCCAGAGCGCAGCACAGUUGUAGAGAUGGUGUGUGGAGAGCGUAAUGCGCUCAUCGAAGUAGAGGAGCUGGAGAAAUGUGCGUACAAGUUUCUAGUGAGUAGUCCAGCAGCAUGUCACGAGAGUAUGGGGAGUGUGCACCUCGACAAGCAUACACAUGUACACACACACGCACACGACGAGUUGUAA